AUGACGGAGUCGUGGCUCACGAUGUCUACACCUAAGGAAACACCUGCUCCCAAUAUGACGCCAUUCCACGCACCAGACGCUAGAUAUACCCUGGGAAUUUGCGUUAUGGAGCGUAAGGCACGUUCAGCUCCUAUGCUAGAAAUCUUGGGGCGACUACCGCCCGAUCUUUUCCGCGUCGAGUUCUUUGGAGACGAAACAAUUUUGAACCAACCAGUGGACGAAUGGCCUCGUUGUGAUGCACUUAUCGCCUUCUUUUCCAAAGGUUUUCCACUUCAGAAAGCACAGGAUUACGUAACGUUACGUCGUCCUAUUUUGGUGAAUGAUCUAGAUACGCAGUACGUCUUGCAGGACCGUCGUGAGGUUUAUCGUGUCCUACAAGAGCACGAUGUGCCGACACCUCGUCAUGUCUUUGUGAACCGAGAUGGCUAUGGAGGUCAGAUUGGACCUCCGAAGGUCGUUGAAGGAGAAGAUUUUAUCGAGGUGGACGGUGUCCGUAUCAACAAACCUUUUGUAGAGAAACCCGUGGACGGAGAAGACCACAAUAUCCAUAUAUACUACCCCAUGAGUGCAGGCGGAGGAUGUAAACGUCUAUUUCGUAAAAUUGGCAACAGGUCUAGUGAGUACGAUACACAGGUCAACACGGUAAGAGCGGGUGGAGGUUCCUACGUCUACGAGGAGUUUUUGUCCACACAGGGAACUGAUGUCAAAGUCUAUACGGUUGGACCGCACUACGCCCACGCCGAGGCUCGCAAAUCGCCCGUACUGGAUGGCCGUGUGGUGCGAGAUGCAGAUGGCAAAGAAGUGAGGUGUCCAGUCAUGCUUUCGACGGAGGAAAAACACGUCGCUUAUCGAGUAUGUAGGGCUUUUAAGCAGACCAUAUGCGGAUUUGACAUCUUGCGAGUACGUGAUGCCUCGUACGUGUGUGACGUGAAUGGCUGGAGUUUUGUCAAGAAUUCCGAAAAGUAUUAUGACGACUGUGGCAUCUUGCUGACACAGUAUCUAGAGCAGGCGCUGGCUGGCGCAACGGAUGGUGAAGACUUUGGCACGUACAGCUCUGCCUUCAGCUCGGUUACUUUCCGAUUUGCACCGGAUGCUCCACCUCCAAGUGCAGAGCUGUCGGAGCCGCCAACAGCGCACAGGCAUGCAAUGCUUCGUGGUCCAUUUGCUUCGACUGUUGAUUCUGAAUUGUCUGAAGGUGAUAGUAUCACAGAUGGAAACGAAGAUACCAUGUACCAAGAGGAAGAGCUACGUUGCGUUUUAGCUGUAAUCCGACACGGCGACCGCACGCCCAAACAAAAAAUGAAGAUGAACGUCUGCCAUCCAGCCUUUCUCCAAUUUUACGAGGACCGCCUGCGUGAGGCUCAGGAGGAGAAUGGAGAUGGAAAUGACCCAAAAAAGAAAAAGAAAAAGGACCUGAAGAUCAAGGCCGUGGCAAACCUUGAACGUCUGCUUCUGGUAAGUAAAGAUUUACUGCGCAAAUACGAGACACGUGAUCCGGCGUUUAUGGAAUUCUUGGAGCAUCGCCAAGUCAAAUUUGGUGAGGACGCAACUGAUCGUGUCAAGGGGUAUAGGACUCUGCGAGACGUGCUCCAGCGCUGGCAACUUGUUGGUAUAAAUCGAAAGGUGCAGCUGAAGCCGAAGGAAUUUCUUGAUGUGUCCGUUGCAACUACCACCGAAAAUGAAGUGCAGCAGCAGACACGCCGUGUCAGCAAAUUGCUGCUAAUUAUCAAGUGGGGAGGAGAUCUGACGCAUACUGGUGAAGAACAAGCAGAACAUCUUGGUCAAAAAUUUCGGCGUAUGAUGUACCCGGGCGGUGCUGGAGGUUUGAAUCGUUUGCACUCAACAUACCGUCACGAUUUAAAAAUCUACACAAGUGACGAAGGGCGCGUCCAAAAGACAGCAGCCUCGUUUGCGAAGGGACUGCUUGAACUCGAGGGCGACAUCAUUCCUAUCUUGGUAGGACUUGUGUUAAAGUCGAAGGAUGCAGACUCAAUGCUAGACCAAUCAGGUUCUUCCGCACAGGAAAUCAUAAUGCGAGUGAAGCAGCGCCUGCACAAGAUCAUUCACCGCGAAGACCAUUGCAGUCAGUUGAUCGACUCCAACUCGCGACUUAUUCGGUCGGUGGCUCUUGCACUUACGAAGGUUGACCAGCCCAUAAAGAAGAUGGGAAUCAUGCACAAAUUGCUUCAAUCGCUUAAAGAGCAACUGACGCGCAUGAUUCAAGAGAAGGCGGAGUUCCGCACAGAGUUAGAGAGGCUACAGCAGACAAAAGCUACCGCCGACCGGGUAGCUCCCGCGAUGAGUCGAUCAGCAAGUGUUGAUGAGUUAAACCGAGCUAGGUGUCGCCACGUGCACUCGUACGCCCCUCGAAAGAAACAUAGUGAAGGAAGCAACAUAUCAAGUGAUGCUGCUAACAGCAGUGUGGGUCUACGGAAGAUGCGGUUACAUGAACCGUUGCCGCCAGAGGAAGUAAAGUACCCUGAGCCAUGCGGACGUGAGACUAUGGAGGUGAUGCGUGAGCGGUGGGCAAAGCUGUACCGUGACUUCUACGUGAAAAAGCGUGAUACUUACGAUUUGUCAAAGAUCCCAGACAUCCACGAUUGCAUUCGGUAUGAUGCAGUUCACAAUGCACACUUAAACUUGACGGACGUGCGUGAACUUUUGGAGAUUUCAAGUGCGUUAUCUCACGCUCUCGUGCCGCAGGAAUACGGAAUCAAUGUGGACGAGAAAAUUUUCAUUGGGUCAGCUAUGUGCCGCACGCUACUGUCAAAGAUCAACACCGACUUGGAUUUGGCCCGUGGCCUUAAACCCGACCUACUGAAAGACCAUAAUACUCACCGUCUGAACCCGUCGUAUGCAAAGAAGGUCAAGUCUGCCCACCGUUCCGUGCGUACACGCUUGUACUUUACAAGUGAAUCGCACUUGCACUCGCUAUUGAACGUUCUGCGCUUUGGCCGGGGAGAAUGCACGAUAAAGAGCCCUAUUGGCGAAGAAUCUCGGAAGUGGAUCGAGGACAUCACCGAGCUCUGUUACAUGACUCAUUUUGUCGUGCGCGUUUUUGAGCGCGUCCAGUACCCGUUGGACGACUUUGCACGCUUCCGCGUAGAGAUCUCUAUGUCUCCUGGAGCUCACCAAGACCCUUUAGUUUCAGAUCCGGAGAAACAGCUCCAUGUUGCGCCACUGAAAAUCAUUUCACGUGAAGGUCUCACAUGUCAGGAGCUGGUCGACUAUGUUGCCAACUGUAUCGACUACGCAGAGGAAAACGAGGCCAAGGAAAUGAUCAGUCGCACGGUAGCGAGCAAUGGUGACAACAGCCCAGAGAAGGCUAGCAGUGGGGAUGUUACACCUGUCAAGCAUUCGAUGUACUCGCUUAGCGACAACAGCGGCGACAGCAAUUUCAGCAAUGACAAUUAG